GAAGCAUUGAGUCCUGCUUUUUGGAGGAUCCUCGAUUCAACUCAUUGACUUCUUCAUUUUAUUUGUUUCUUUUCCCUCCAGGUUGGAAGUCAUUCCUUUACAGUGCUUCCAAAAACAGGAACUGGUUUGGUUUCUUCCUCUGAGGGCUCUCCACACAUUGGCAGAAAAGGAAGGCAAAAACCCAGUCCAUUUUAGCAACAGGAUGUCUAAGGUCACUGGGAUGAAUGACUGGUUCGAGGCAACAUGCUUCCUCUGCCAUGAGUAUUUCAUAGAUCCUGUCACUUUGGAUUGCGAUCACAACUUCUGCCAUUCCUGCAUUCUGCACUCCUGGAGGGAAUGUAAGACGGAGACCUUGUGCCCUCGAUGUAAGAAGCCAACUCUUCGGGGAAACCUCAAGCCACAUACUGAACUGGCCAAAGCUGUGAAAAUGGUCAAAUGGGUGUGUCAGGAGAGGACCGAAAUAGCUGAAGGAGGGAAAAUCUGCAAGGAACAUCGGCAGGCCGUGAAAUACUUCUGCAAGGACCAUCUUCUCUCUUUCUGCCCUGAGUGUGAGAAAACCAAGGAUCACCUGGCUCACAAUGCUGUCUCUGCAUCAGAAGCUGCCAAUGAAUACAAGGAUGUGAUUGUAAACCGCAUUGAUGAGUUGUUGAAAGAGGAGGAAGACAUUGAGAUGCACAAGUCACUUAUGGAAAAACAAUGGCAAGGUGUUAUGCAACAAGUGGAGGCAGAGAAGCAGCUUGUGAUACGCUGCUUCGAGAGCAUACACCAGUACAUGACUGAGCUAUGCAACCGUAGGAUUUCUAAAAUGGACGAUGCUGUGGAAGAGAUGCUGUUGAAGAAGAGCGAGCACAUGGCGGAGCUCUCCAGGGAACGCACCAAGGUCCAAGAUUUCAUCUGGGAUUUGCGGAAGAAGCAUCAGCAGAGAACAUUCGACUUCCUCCAGGCAAGAAAACUUUGA